GUCCAUUUGAGUAAGAAAAGGCCAAAAGGAAGCCAAAACCAAAACCAAAACCCAUCAUUUCUUCUUCUUCUUCAUCGCCACCGCUUCAGUUUUCUCUCUCUCAUGAAACAUUAGAUUCUAAAUUAUAUAUCUACGAUCAAGCAUUCUCGUCUGCUUUGGUUUAGAAAUCUGAAAUGGGUAUUCAUUAAUACUCUCAUUUCUGGAUUUUAAGCUUUGGAUAAUUUCUGAUCAAAAUUUUGCUUUUUUAUGAAAUACGACGGGAGAGAGAAGAAAAAAGUUUGCAACUUUUCUUUUUCCGUUAAUUGUUUUUGGUGAAUUGUGAUACGUUCUUAGUGAGGGUUUUCUAAUUUCUUUAGAAUUUCUGAUCUAAUGGCUACGAUCACUGAGAUUCCCACUGAUGUCGAUCCCGUUCACGAAAACGUCAUCGGCGGCGGAAUCGAGAAGAGCUUGAUGACGGAUUCUAAACCGGUAUCCGAAUCGGACAUCAAACCCGAACCGGAGUUUGAUCAAAUGAAGAAGCUUGUGGCGAUGUUCAAGAAACUGAAUCCUGAAGCUAAGGAGUUUUUCCCUUCUUACAAGAAGAAUAACCAUUCUCUGUCUUCUGGCGAUUUUGCGAUCGCUAAGAAGCAUUCUGGUGAAGAAUUUUACGGUGACAACAAAAAGGAUGGCAUUAAUCGGAGGAGAAGAACCAGCUUUAACCAAGGGAGGAAAGUGAGGUUAACUGGAAGAGCUUCUAAGGCUCAAAGAGAAGAUAGUAUUAGAAGAACAGUGUAUGUGUCUGACAUUGAUCAGAGUGUGACUGAGGAAAUCCUGGCUGGCUUGUUCAGCAGCUAUGGGCAAGUUGUUGAUUGUCGAAUCUGUGGAGAUCCAAAUUCGGUUCUUCGUUUUGCAUUUGUUGAGUUUUCUGAUGAUCAAGGUGCACGGGCGGCUCUAAGUGUCGGUGGAACAAUGAUCGGUUAUUACCCAGUUAGAGUCUUGCCUUCAAAAACUGCUAUUCUUCCAGUGAAUCCCACAUUUCUCCCCAGGUCAGAAGAUGAAAGGGAGAUGUGUACAAGAACCAUCUACUGCACAAAUGUCGACAAGAAUGCCACUGAAGAUGAUGUCAAAACCUUCUUUGAGUCUGCAUGCGGUGAGGUUACUCGCAUAAGGCUUCUUGGUGACCAAUUGCAUUCUACUCGCAUAGCUUUUGUUGAAUUUGCCAUGGCAGAGAGUGCAGUUGCAGCGCUCAACUGCAGCGGAAUAGUCUUAGGAUCUCAGCCCAUAAGGGUAAGCCCUUCGAAAACACCAGUGAGGUCACGAACCACUCGUUCACCAUCGACAAACUAGCAGAAACAGAUUCAGUACUGGCUUCUGGUAGUGAAGGAGAGUGAUGCAACAUUUCGUUUUUCCUUUAGUAAUUUUUGUUUUUAUAGAGCUGUUAUCUUUCCAGUUCCGUAGUAUCUGGAAAGCAAAAGCAUCCAUGAACAUGCUUCUUGAGUUUUGGAGUUCUUGUUCUGAGGCUCAUUUUUAGACGGAGAUACUAUUACAGUUUUAUUAUAUUUCUGAAAGGAAUUGUUGUAGGAAGUUGGGGGAGUUCUUGAGUAUUUUACUA